UUCUACUCCCCUGUUCAUUUCUCCAUUAAUAUUCAUGGAGACAAAUCCGCCAACCUCGGAAUUAAUGUCGCCGGUCCAUAGUUUCCCCAACCGGUUCUUUUGCAGCGACUUCCAAAAUGAUGAGGAAUUUAAUGCUCCAGCUUCUGUAUACACUUAUAUGCAUGUUGAUUGUUCUCGGUCAUCUGAAGCCCCUGUUAGAUCCCCGGAUGUUGUGAUAUCCAACAAUUUCAUGAACAGCGCGUUUACUGAUGACCAGGUUAUGGAUAAUGAAGAAGCAUCCCAAGAUUCCCAUAUGCAGGACAUGACUGUUGCUGUUUCUGGAUCAUCUCAUGGUCCUUCUAUGUUUGCUGAAUCAUCACGCGGCCAGUUAGACGGGCCAUCGAAUCCAUACUUUGUUUUUGAUACCCCUCAGGGAACCCGUUAUUGGAUUCCUAACGUCGCUGAUAAGUUCAUACCAGUGUGUGGGAAAUAUUAUCCAACUUUUGCGGAUGUUCUUUCCAUGUAUGAACUUUAUGCGUUUGAAGCAGGUUUUUCUGUAAAAGAAGGGCAAACUAAAGUCUGGAAUGGAAUUCCCACACACAAGUAUCUUCGAUGCUCAAAAUAUGGAAAACCACAACCCAAGAGGACUUUUGACACCCUAGAUGAAUCUUCUGUUAAGCUCCGGAGGACCAACUUCACAUGGUGUGACUGUAAGGCAAGCAUACUAGUCUCGAUCUCGAAUGAUUCAUACACAGUUCUGAGUUUCAAUGAUAUUCAUAAUCAUGAACUUGUUGAGAGUUACAACCGUGAUCUUAGCAAGAUAUCACGGAAGCUGUCAUUCUCCACGAAACAAUUCAUUCACAAUAUGAGUCUAAACCGUAUCGGACCAAUGAGAGCUUAUAGAUGUCUUGUAGCUUUAAAAGGAGGGCAUCACAAUGUCAAUGGGACUCCGGUGGAUUUGAAAAACUUUAGCCACCAGUUGCGAAUUUUUAUUGGUGAACGCGACGCACAAGUUUUCCUUGAACGCCUGCGUGAGCGUUUUGACAACCUACCCAACUUCUAUUUUGAUUACACUGUAUCAAAUGGAAAGUUGUCUUUUGUAUUCUGGGCUGAUGAGAUUUCAAAGCUAAACUACAAAGCUUUUGGCGAUGUCCUCGCGUUUGACGCAACUUACAGCACUAACAGGUACAAGAUGGUUUUUGUGCCAUUCACGGGUGUGGAUCAUCAUUUCCAAUGUGUUACAUUUGGAGCGGGUUUGAUAUCAACCGAGUCCAUUGAAUCUUAUGUGUGGUUGCUUAAGGCUUUCUUGAAGGCACACGGUACUCAACCAACUCUCGUGCUGAGUGAUCAAGACCCAUCCAUGCUACAAGCUGUUCCUAUGGUCUUUACCGAAUCACGACACCGUCUAUGCAUGUGGCAUAUAAUGAAAAAACUACCCUCCAAGAUCUCUGCUGACGUUCUCGAUAACACUGAUCUUCGGUCCUGCAUUCACCGGUUGGUUUGGAACGUUUAUAUCAAACCUGAAACGUUUGAGUCCCGCUGGAAUGACCUCCUACAAACAUUUGGGCUUCAAGACCACAGCUGGUUGAACGACAUGUACAACAUCAAACAUCUCUGGGUACCAACCUACUUCAGGGAACUGCUCAUGUGUUGCUUAAUGAAGACCAUUUCCCGCUGCGAAAGCUCUAACGCUGCCUUCAAGGUCAACUCAACAAGCGCAAACACCCUUGUACAAUUUAUGAUGUGCUUUGAAAAUAGGGUAGACAACCAACGAUAUCGUCAACAUGUAUCGGAGUACAAAACCUCAUCCACGAUGUUCACUGGCAAUACUGAUUUAGCGAUAGAACAGCACGCGUUCGCCAUUUACACAAACGUUGUUUUCGCGCAAGUUCAAAAAGAGAUAAUUAAAGGGAAGUUUUUAUGCUACAUCACAAACCAAACCGAGUCCAGCAAUUCCAGUCUUCUGAUAGACGUCACUCAUUUGGAUAAAAGGAACAACAUCACAAACGUCUAUCAGACCAAUCCGCCAGUUGCUCAUGCAGGAAUUUCACACGUAUCGGUUAUCUGUGUCGCCAUGUCUUUUGCGUCUAUCGAUUGA